AGAAAUGGCCUGAGGAAAGAAACGGUUUAUGUGCCUAGAUGUUUUAGUGAAUCUCCGUCCGGAUGGCAACAGGACUGGUGGCGUCCAGGCCGGAGAGGAGGUAAAAACAAGCAACAGACUCAUCUCACCAUUAGACAAUCAUCACCUCUGAUCAAACUGAAUUGACCGCCGAAGAAUGGAGGUCUCCAAACGACAGCCCAAAGCUGAGCAGUUGACAGAUGAAGGGACAGAGAAGACAAAAGAUGAAGCGGUUCAUCUGAGGAGGAGUAUAGGUCUGCUGCCGUCCAUUUCUUUUAUCAUUGGCACUGUGAUUGGCAGUGGGAUCUUCAUCGCUCCUAAAGGUGUUUUGAUGAAUUCGGGCAGUGUUGGAGUCUCUCUUAUUGUCUGGAUUCUGUGUGGGGUUCUGUCUCUGUUUGGUGCUCUGUGCUAUGCUGAACUGGGCACAAGCUUUACGAAGUCGGGGGGUCACUACACCUACCUGUUGGAGACCUUGGGUCCUCUGCCUGCCUUCCUGCGGCUUUGGACUGAAUACCUAUUAAUCAGACCUGCGGUGAGCUCCUACAUGUCUCUAGCAUUCGGACGUUAUGUAGUCGAGCCGUUUUUCAUUCCUUGUGCGGCUCCGACCGUUCUGGUCAAACUUGUCAGCAUCUUUGCAGUCUCAUUCGUGGUGGUAGUAAACUGCUGGAGUGUGUCUUUAGUUGCUCGUACGCAGGUGACGCUGACGGUCAUCAAGCUGUUCGCUUUGAUUCUGAUCAUCAUUCCAGGAAUCAUGGCUUUGGUUAAUGGCAAAACUGCAAAUUUCCAGGAUGCAUUUGACUCUGAAUCUUUAUCGGUGACCAAACUUCCGCUGGCUUUUUUUUCUGGACUAUAUGCAUAUGGUGGAUGGUUUUAUUUAAACUUCGUAACUGAAGAGAUCAUUAACCCCAACAGAACUCUUCCAUUGGCCAUUAUUUUCUCCAUGGUUACGGUUACUGUGUGUUACGUGCUGGUGAAUGUGGCUUACUACACCAUGAUGACAGCAGAUGAGCUCCUGAUGUCAGAUGCUGUGGCAGUGACAUUUGCCGGUCGUGCUCUCCAGGGUUUGGCACCGGCCAUGCCCGUACUGGUCGCAGUUUCUUGUCUUGGAGCUUUAAAUGGAGGAUUUUUUGGUUCAACCAGGAUGAUAUUUGUGGGAGCCAGAGAGGGUCACAUGCCAGGCAUCUUCUCCAUGAUCCAUAUUCGCCGACAGACACCGCUACCUGCUAUAUUGUUUCUGUAUCCUCUGGUGAUCAUUAUGAUAGCAAGAGGAGAGAUCUAUGAACUGAUCAAUUUUGCAUCUUUCUCACGUUGGUUUUUCAUCGCACUGGCAACCCUGGGGAUGCUCAUCCACCGAUACAGAUUCCCAGAACAUCCAAGGCCAUUUAAGGUUCCUCUGGUUAUUGCCGUGAUCUUCACCCUGGUGUGUUUCUUCAUUGUGGGUUUGUCUUUGUAUUCUGAUCCCUGGAAUACGGGGUUGAGCUGUGGCCUAACCCUCGCAGUUGUACCCUUGUAUUACCUUACAAUGAAGACAUCGUGUAUUCCUAACCGCUGGAAAAAAACCUUCAACUAUUUUAGCCUACAGCUGCAAAUCCUUCUGGAGGUGACACAGCAAGAAGUUCAGACCUACUGAUGGAGUCAUCCUACAACAACCAUACAAGCUUAAAUGACUGCAAAAAAAUGUCAAGACUUUAAAGGAGAGUGCAGAAUAUAUUAAAGACUUGUGUAUCAAACUUUUAUAUUCAAAGACUGAUUAUGUCAUCAGAAUAUUGGGGUGGUUUUCCGGACAGGGAUUAGCUUAAAGGCGGAGUGCACAAUGUUUGAAAAACGCUUUGGAAAAAGGAGUCGGGCCGACUACCCAAACACACUUGUAGCCAAUCAGCAGUAAGGGGCGUGUCUACUAACCGACAUCCUUGCCGGGUUGGGUAUGUGUGGGGCGGGUCUAACAAAAGAAGGUCCAGAUCCUAUUGGGGUAGGGGUGUGUAUGUUUAGGUGAUUUCAAAUGUCAACAUUGAAAAUAAAUCAAAACAGAAACACUCACUGAUGGUAAUUUUUUUUAGAAUAGUUUAUAAAUGUAUACAGAAAUGUAAUUUGUUAGUUUAGUGCAAGGUUUUAAUAGGCCUUAGUUAUUAAAGAUAAGGUAAGUAUGAGACCCGUGUUAGAGCAUAAAUAAAGCCUGCAAAAUUAUAAAGCUCAAUGUUCAACUAUACACUAUACCAGCUACACAAUCAAAACUCAUCAUGUAUUUCUGAAGGAGGGACUUCGUAGAACAAGGAAGACAUCAGCCUGUUUUUAGGACCGUGAAAACAGCGAUAUACAGAUAAGUAAAUUAAAAAUACCAGAUUGCGAGGAGAUUCAUAGAAACACCUAUAGCUCAAUGAUAGAAAACAGCACAACAAACAAUGUACCCUAGGGUCAACUAUUUAAGAGGACAUUUCACAAGACUUUUUUUAAGAAUCUUUGGUGUCCCCAGAGUACAUAUGUGAAGUUUUAGCUUUAAUACUACAUAGAUAAUUUAUUAUAUCAUGUUAUAAUUGUCACUUUGUAUGUGUGAGCAAAAAUUUUUUGGUGUGUCCUUUUAAAUGCAAUUGUGCUGAUCUCUUCUCACAAAUAAAAAAAGCUUUUGAGAGGGGCUUUUACUCAGCUGAAUCAAUGCAGCAUUGGCGAAAAUGUACACUAACAACAAAUUUGCUGUUAAAAUAAUCAGCAACAUACAUACAGAUUUUUUCCCAGAGUCGCGGAGUGAGACAAUAGAGACUCUAUUAGAAAAACACAAGUGGAACGGAACCACGACCAGAAAAUAACCAAAACACUGUAUAACAUUGCACAAAAUGACAUGAAUCUAUUUACCUUUUAAGUAUACUUACAGAUAUAAUCUAACCUUUUUUAAUGUGUAUUUGUAAAAAAAAUUUAAGAUCCUUUUUACCAUGCCAACAAAGCCAUUUUGAAUCUUGAGAGAGAGAGCGAGAGAGAGAGCAGGCAGCCUCU